AUGGGAGUAAUUUACGAUGCUGUCGUGGUGGGCGCUGGCCCCGGGGGCAUGUCCAGCGUCGCCGCCCUCCUCGACGCAGGGGCGCGGAAACUCCUCUGGAUCGACCCGAACUGGCACGGAGGGCGAUUGAAUGGCUUGUACCGCGAGAUCUCCUCAAACACCACGGUAGCCAUCUACCUGAAAGCCAUCCACUCCUCCGCCACCCUCCGCUCGAUCAUCGACUCCACCCCAGCCCCGAAUGCCGUCACACAGCUCGCAUCCAUGAGCCACGACUCUACAUGUCAGCUCAGCGUCGCCGGCGACAUGCUCUGCAUGCUCAUAGACGGUCUCCUCGCGCGCCCCGAGGUCGAGAAACUCACCGCCACGGUGGACGCAGCGCAUCUUGGAAACGGCAUCUGGACCGUCACAACAACGCCGGACCCUUCACCCACAGCUCUAGAGUCACACAGCCUCAUCCUCUGCACUGGCUCCCAUCCGCGCACCGCGAUCAAACACCUCACCCACAACCCGGACCUCCAACGCCUCGACCUCGACGAAUGCAUGCGUCGCUCCCAUCUGCCGUCUCUCCUCCCCACCGAUACACCCGCAAUUGUCGCCGUGGUAGGUAACUCCCACUCUGGCAUCCUCGUGGUGCGCAACCUCUACGAGAUCGCACAGUCCGGCGAACGGGACCUCAAAAUUAUCAACUUUCACCGCCGUCCCAUCCGAUACGCAAUCUACACGGAGGACGGAAUCAUCUACGACAAUACGGGUCUCAAGGGGGCGACCGCCGAGUGGGCCCGCGAGGUGAUGGAGAAGAAUCCCGACCCCGGGAUUCUGCAGACCGUGUGUGAUCGUGACGACGAGGAGGGGGUUUUUGCUGAGUAUCUGCCAAGGUGUACGCAUAUCGUGUAUGCGGUGGGGUAUGAGCGGGAACCCAUUCCCCAGGUGUUUGUGGAGGGCCGGAGGGUGGAUGCGGAGAUGGGGUUUGAUAUGCGGUCGUCGGGGUUUGGGGGGGUGGAGGGGUUGGAGGAGAUCAGGGGGUUGUUUGGGGCGGGGAUUGCGUUUCCGGAGGAAGUGAAGGAUCCGGAGGGGCAUGUUGAGGCGGCCGUGGGAGUCGCGAAGUUUAUCAAUUUCACGCAGAGGGUGAAGGGGAGCUGGUUGGAGGGUGGAGGCACGUAG